AUGGCUGGAUAUAAAAGAAAUCAAGAAAUAUUUCAAACAUCCAACUCUAAUGAUAAUGAGAAUAAUUUAAUUGCUACUAGCAGUAGUGGAGCUCAACAAACAAAACAUCGACGCACAGAAAAUUAUGAUAAAGAAAGCAUUUGUUGGAAAUAUUUUGAACCAUUUAAGGUCCCAAAGGAGAAUGGUACAUUAACAAAAUGUACAAUUACUGGAUGCACUACAAGUUACAUAUGUAUUAUUGAUGAUUUAAAAUCUGCUGGAUUUGUUAAUCCAAAUAUUGAACUAUCUAGUUCUAAUAUCAUAGAAGAGCAAAUAAAUAAAGCAUACAAUCGUUUAUUCCUUCAAUUAAAGUUAAAAGCUCAGCAAGCAAAAUCAAUUAUGCUCUCAAUUUGUGAAAUUGAACCAGAUGAUAGGAUUGAAGAAUCCUAUGUAGUAAUCACUUGUAAUUGGCUAACUAAAGACUUUGAAUUUCAUAAAAUCUUAUUUUUUGCAAAAAAAUGGUUCUCUAAUAUAGACCAAAAAGAUUAUUAUAAAGAUAUUAUAGAAGCUUUAUUAAAAUUGGAAUUUGCUAAUUUGAAAUUUUAUAAUGAUAACUUAGGUUAUUUUUUCGAUACAUUAUGGGAGUGUGAAGAAGACGAAUAUCAAAACCUUGUGCGAAAUCUUACACAAUUGCAUGAUGAUAAAAAUAAUUAUUUUCAUCAUUUAAGAUACUUAAUAUAUAGGAGCUUAGCUGUAAAAAACGUUAAUACCCAAGGAAUGUCUGAAAUUUCAAAAGCUUUUGUUAAUGCUACUAGAAAUCUUGAGAGUGUAAUAAAUUUUUUAAAGGAUAGUAGAGUACAAAGAGAAAUUCAAAAUAUGCAACUAAUGUUUGAUUAUUCGACAAUUAUUGACAUUCAAAAUGCAGGAAAAAUUAAUUGUAGCUACUGGGGCUGUAUCUAUCAUAAGAUAGCAUUUCUUAAACUAAUGGAAAAACCUUUUAUACAAUUAAUUACUAAUUAUAAUAAUUAUGAAAAUGCUUAUAUCAGGAAAAAUGGCAAAGACUUUAAGGAACUUAUGCUAGAUUCUUUGCCAUUUGGCAUAUUUUCUAAUUUAUUGCAAGUACUUAAACCUUUCGAACAUAUUACAUGUAAAUAUCGUGUAAUAUCUACGAAAUAUUAUGAGGAUUUAAUAGAUAAAAUUAGCAUUAACGCAAAUAAUAUGUUGAAGGAACUUCAAUUUAGUAAAGAUUUAGAACACGAAUUCCUUGAAUCAUUUCUAAUAUCUUUAUGCUAUGAGGAUAAUAGCUUAUUUAUUAAGCAGCUAGCUUCGUUUUUAGAUCCACGUUCUAAACCAGAUGAAAUUUCACCUGUAAAUUUUUCUAUGAUUAAAGAAUUUACACUAAAAAAAUGCCAAACAUAUUAUUUAGACCAUAUUUUUUUGGGCAAUUUGGAUAAAUCAAUGCAAGCAGCAAACGAAGAGUUGAAAUGUUAUAUUAAUCGCCCACAAUUAUUAUUAGAUAAUGAUAUUGAUCCGUAUGAGUGGUGGCAAGGUUCAAAACAAAUGCUUCCUGGACUAGCUGUGCUUGCAAGAGAAUAUUUACCUACACUACCUACUAUGUAUGAUGAUGAUCCAGUAACAAAUCUAGAUAAACUUAUAAACACUUAUGGUGAGGACAUGUCAGAAAAAAUGGCUUUUUUACAAUAUAACAUGAAGUAUAUUGAUCUAUAUUUAUAA